GUUGAAGUCAUCCAAUAAAAGUCGACGUUGCCAAGCAGAAGACAACGACGACAAAACAAGAAGGAAGGAUGGAGGAGGCAUCGCUGUUUGACAUCUUGACAGAGCGCUAUCGGCUGGAAGAGACAGGAUGUCGCUUAGCGCGCAUCAGCAUUGUGGCUGAACUCAACGAGGCGUUUCCUGGCCAGCGCGAGCUCUACCAUGACUUUAUGGCACUCUUCAAGAACCAAGACAUUGCCGAGAGUACCACGGGUCUCGUCCUUGUGUAUCCAAACUACUUCCACAUCGUCAUCGAGCUUCCGGAGCCAUCAUCGACAGCGUUAAUGGAAUGGAUUGAGAAGCAGGAGACAUCAGGGUGGAUCAGCAGCGCUACGGUGAUGUGCUCCGAACUCAUCCAGGACCGGUCGUUCCCGCCGUUUGCAAUUCAGUCUGUACAUCUGAGCACAACAAAGGCUGGCGAAUACCAGGCGUCUGGUCCCAUCUCCACCAUCGUUGCCGACGUCAUUGUCAACAGCAUCAGGCUCGCGCGCAUCCUCACCCCGCUCUCCCCGUCGCAACAACAAUCAACCUUGGACAACAUCCAAUUCUCCCAUCCAGAACUGCUCACACCACAAGGCGUGUUUGCGCACAUCAUUCGCUCUGAGAGCCUUGAUCGCGUCGCUGAGUAUCUCUCGCGCAACGCCACCAUGUUCCAGAUCAAACCGGACAACGAGCUCGUGUGGCCGAUGCCGGUCCGCCUCUUCCCAUACGACUAGCGCCCGCCUGUGUGUGUGUGUGUGUGUGUGUGUGUGUGCGUGUGUGUGUGUGUGUGUGCGUGUGUGUGUGUGUGUGUGUGUGGAUGUGUGUGUGUGUGUGUGAUUGGUUUGCUUUUGCGCCUCGUCUGCAGCGCACACAAACACCCUCAGCUCUUUCCUCUGCGUGCCUUCGUUCAUGUCCAUGACUUCACUCCCCCCCCCCCAGCUGCGCACGUUAUGCGCCUGCUUUUCCUGUCCCCUGUCCUGCCCCAUAAGUAAACAACCACAGCCGCAAUGUGCACCCGUCCUAUUGCGUCUUUCUCCCGCC